AGUGGGUUAAGUUUAGUGGAGUAGGUGAGGUGGUAGUGGUGGUAGGUGAUGGUAAAUUCUAACACUAUAAAGGAAGUUGAUGAUUUGUUGGUUGUGUGCGUUAGUCAAAUGGCUAUUACAGCUAGCAAUGACCUUCUCUGGAAGUCCCUGAACCAUGAGGAUUAUGCCAUAAGAGUUAGAUGAGACACGCAUACGUAAUGCAGCACACUUGAUGGUUGCCAGUUUGGCUGGAAGUUUAGCUCAUGUAACAUACAAGGAACCCUUAUGUGGCUCAAUAUUAAGUCAGCUUAGGAAUUCGCUUCAGGGUUUAAAUAUUGCAAGUGAACUUGAACAAGCUGUGCAACUUGUUACUAAUAAUAAACUUGAUCUGGGCUGUGCACUAAUUGAACAAGCUGCAACAAAAAAGGUUCUAAGAAGGCCCUACCUGUUUCUUUCUCGAAGGAAGCUUGCUACACAUGUGAAAAUAUGGCUUAACAAGUGUGGAUUGAGAGGGAGAGCUGAUCAAUCAUCCCUAGACACUACAACUACAAUAUUGUCCUCACAUAAUAUUGUCCUCACCAAACCUGAUAAUGUAGAAAUGGUUGAAUGGAAAGCAUUUGUGAAACAACGAACUUCCAAAGAAUUUAAGGCAAAGAGUAAAAGAUUUAGGGCAAUGAGGAAAAAGCAAACCCUCUUACACACCAUGAGUCGUAAAGGUUAUGCACGAUUAAAGGAUGAAAUGAUAAAUUUAAGAGUGUUUCAAGUAGUUUUGUAAAUUGAGUAUGAAGUAUGGUUGCUAUGAAAUCGUUUUAAUCAUGUUGGUUUUCAUUUUCUAUUUUAUUUUAUGCAUAUAUUUUAUUUUAGUUGUUUUAGUUUUGUAAAUUGAGCUCUGCAUAAUUGUAUGUUUGAGAUUGUUAUCAACUUGAUAUGAUAGAAGUUGAGGAUGAAAGUUAGUAUGCA